AACCGAACUCCAUUCCUCUCCCCCUCCCCUCUCCAAAAACCACUCCAAGCCCCUCCUCUAUCUCUCUUGCGAUUUCUUGAUCUCGAGAUGAACGCAGGGAGUUUGGUGGCGUCGGCGGGGAUAAACAUUGGGCUGGCGCUUGUGGUGCUGUCCUUGUUCUCUGUGCUUAAGAAGCAGCCCUGCAACGCCUCUGUCUACUUCCCCCGUCGCAUCGCCGUCGGCGACGACCUCCCCCUAGAACGCCGCUUCUCCCUCCGCCGCCUCCGCCCCUCCAUCUCCUGGAUCUCCCGCGCCUUUCGUCUCUCUGAGGACGACGUCCUCCGCCACAACGGCCUCGACGCUCUCGUCGUCCUCCGCCUCUUCAAGUUCGGAAUUAAAUUUUUUACAGUUUGUUCUGUAACUGGAUUGCUGAUACUUGUACCUGUUAACUACACCUCUGAAAAAGGUUCAUCUCAAAGUACAGUUUCACAUUCCAUGGUUCCUUUUACAAUAUCUAAUGUCAGAAGAGGUUCUGACAGGCUUUGGGUGCAUUUUGCAUGCUUAUGCUUUAUAUCAUUUUAUGUGCUCUACUUGUUAUAUGAGGGGUAUAAAGGAAUACUAGAUUGUAGGAUUGAACAUAUUGGUAACCACAGGCAUCGCUCUGAUCAAUUCACAGUCCUAGUUCGAGGAAUUCCUCUUUGUACAGAACACAAGGCUCAUGGAUGCUGUGUUGAUCACUUUUUCUCCAAGCACCAUCCUUAUUCCUAUCAAGCUUAUCAAAUACUUUAUGAUGGAAAAAAUGUUGAAGAACUACAGCGGUUGGCAGCUUCUAUUGAAAGGAAGAUUAAAAUGUUACGACAAAAGGCAAGAAAUCAAAAUUCAGGCUUUGUGCUCUGUGAUAUAUUUCGAUCAAAUGUUGCAGAUUUGGGGAUGCAUGAGGAAAGGCUUCAGGAGGUAUGCCAUCAGAUACGUCUCCUACAGUGUGAAAAUAUACUUAAGCAAAAGGAGUUGUCUGUUGCAUUUGUAUCAUUUAAAUCUCGACUGGGUGCUGCUCUAGCUGCACAAACUCAACAGCAUGUACAUCCACUCUUGUGGAUAACAGAGUUUGCCCCAGAACCAAGAGAUGUACUAUGGAAUAAUUUGGCUAUCCCUUACCGUCAUUUGGCACUUUACAAAAUUGUAGGUUUCAUUGCAGCAUUUCUUCUCACAGUUUUCUUUAUUUUCCCUGUUACGGCUGUUCAAGGAAUUGUACAAUUUGAAAAAAUAAAGAAGUGGUUCCCUCCAGCAAGAGCUGUUCAGUUGAUACCUGGGAUGAGCUCUAUAUUGACGGGAUACCUUCCAGGUGUAAUUCUCAAUGGCUUUAUAUAUAUCAUUCCUUAUGCAAUGCUGUCAAUGGCCUCAUUAGAAGGUUGCGUGUCCAAGAGCAAAAAGGAGAUAAAAGCUUGUAGCAUGGUAUUCUAUUUCUUGGUAGGAAAUGUAUUCUUCUUGAGCUUGUUAUCAGGGUCUUUACUGGAACAAAUUGGAGAGUCGUUCACUCAUCCGAAGGAUUUUCCUAGUCACCUUGCAAGUGCAGUUUCAGCCCAAUCAGAUUUCUUCAUGACAUACAUUUUGACAGAUGGCUUGUCAGGAUUUUCAUUGGAGAUUCUGCAGCUUGGGUUACUUAUUUGGCAUUUAAUAAAGACCCAUAUUUUUAGUAAGGGCACAAAGAUUGAUCCUUAUCUUUAUGGCUUCCCUUAUUAUAGGGUCAUUCCAAUAGUGUCACUUGCAAUAUUGGUUGGUAUGGUUUACGCGGUCAUUGCACCAUUGUUGCUUCCCUUUCUUAUUCUAUACUUCUUACUUGGUUAUGCAGUGUAUGUCAAUCAGAUGCACGAUGUAUAUGAAAUUGUUUAUGAUACAUGCGGACAGUACUGGCCACACAUUCAUCAUUAUAUAUUUAUCGCUGUCAUUCUCAUGCAAAUUACUAUGAUUGGUCUAUUUGGAUUAAAGUCAAAGCCAGGGGCCUCAAUUUCCACAAUACCACUUCUAAUUUUGACCAUAUUGUUUAAUGAGUACUGCAAAAUCCGAUUUCUACCAACAUUUUGUCAUUGCUCAUUACAGAGUGCAAAGGAGAAUGAUGACCGUGAUGAGAUGGAGGGUCAGACCGAAGUCAAUCGAGAGAAUGCAAUCAAUGCCUACCAUUCUCCUUGGAUGCGUCCAGUGAAUCUGGGUCAAGAAUCUAGUUCUAUACAACCUCUAGUUUGGUCGUGAUACUGGCCUUAACUUUUAGUGCGCACAUUUAAUUUUGCUGGGACCAACAAAUCAGCUAUCAUAGGGUAAUCCAACUUGUGCCACCUUUGUUGGAGGAAUCUAACGGCGGUGAGACUCCAUUUAUUUGAUUUAGAUCAUUCAUUCUUACCUUGCAAGAGGGGAUUACAAACUGGUCUAGACGCGAGGUAACUGUUUAAGAAAUCAAAUUACUGAAAUGUUUGCUAAUUGUUGAGUUGCUGUUCUACUAGGUUGUAAUAUAUCAGACUUGAAUGGUUGCAGUUCACCAAUGAUGAU